AUGGAUGAUAAAGCUGUACAAGACCUACGCAAAGGUCUCGGCGAGGACGUCACCUCCAUCGACAUGAUGGUUGCCGUCAUCGAUCCUGGCGAUCCUUUCAACCCUACCUACAUGGAAGACGGGUACGGGGAAGAGCUUCGUCUGGGACCAGGAAGAAGUCCCCAGAGAAAGUUAAUGGGACAAGGGGGUUGGGGUCACGGCAACAGAAGUAGAGGGAGAUGUAAUUCCUUCUGCCCCGCCGUACUCGCAGCUCUCUAUCCAAGCACAGCAAGAGAGCCUUCAAACAUCGGAGAAGCUAUUUUGAGAAAUAUGUACGGCGUCGUCAUUGUCCCUGGUUAG